AUGGCAGCUAGCGCUCAUACGACGACAUGCUUGUUCCAAUCCUCUGAUCCUGUGCAGCCCGAGGUCUUUCAUGGAAUUACUUGUGCGCACGACAUGAACAGUGUGUCUACUGCUCCGCUCUUUCCACACAUGCCAUCUAAUGUCAAUGGCUUCCUCAGCUUUAUCGUUGUUGGUCCAUGUAAAUUCAAUCUUAAUCAGCUUGGCACGGUCUUCCGUAUGCGUAAACUUAAGAUCCGGGAGGAGGUGCUGUGUGUCACAUAUUCACAAUCAAGCUGUACUGGUAGCAGCCGCUAG